UGGAAAUAACUCGAACUUGACGGGUGUAAAAUGAACUUCCAACAUUUUCUUCAUUUUCUUUCCUUUCUCACACAGUUCAUCACUAUCUUUCCACCGUUUGGUGCAAAGUACGAACUCUCCUUGCUUUCGUAAACAAAUUUGACUGAAGAAGAAGAAACGGAAGAUUAGGAACGCUCGCUCUCAUAUUUUUUAUCUGGCUCUAUUGAGUUUAUUUCUGUCAGAACCGAAAUCUGAAAGAAAUUAAUCGUCACGUUCGGAUGGAACUGGAAAAUGUUUUAACACAAGCCUCUGUUUGGUUGAUGAUAAGUAUGUGUGUGGGGGAAGGGAGGGAACGGGUGGGGAACGAGAUUGGAGUUUGUAUUGUGUCCUCUUGCUGAGAUUUCUUGCCCAACGUUGGUAAAACCCACCUCAACUGGGAUUCGAAUGGUUAUAUUCGAGACAGCUGAGUGGUGGGACUUUGUUUCCUCUGAUUCUAACGAUGGAAAAUCUAAAAUUUGGAAUUUGAUUUUCUGAUUCUUUAUCGAUAAAGAAUUAUAACAAUAGGAGAAAGACCUGGGAUUUCCUCCAAUUUCUUACUUUUUUGUUAAUUGUGGACGAUGAUGACGAUAUGAAUCUGGAAUUUUAUGUCUGAUUGAGUUUUCAAUCGCUUAUAGGUUGUGUUGCAUUGCUCUGUAGCCCUUUUAGCCGAACACACGGAUGGGUGAUUCUUCAAAUCUGGAUUUGAUAAGCGAUCUUCCUCAAAGCAUUAUAGAGAGCAUUCUCACACGGUUACCAAUAAGAGAUGCAGUAAGAACAAGUUUUUUAUCUAGUAAGUUUAGGUACAGAUGGGCUACACUCACUCAUCUUGUAUUUGAUGAAGACUGUGUUACUUUAUCCAAUGACCGAGCUCUUUUUGAGGAUAAGCUUAUAAACUUUAUUACUCGGGCUCUAUUUCUUCACGAAGGACCAAUUCACAAGUUCCAGCUUUGUACUUCAUACUUGCAAAGUUGCCCAGAGAUAGAUCAAUGGAUACUUUUCCUUUCAAGGAAAGAUAUCAAGGAAUUGGUCCUUGAAUUAGGUGAAAGUGAGUGGAUCAGGAUACCUUCAUGUCUUUUCAAAUGUAAAAAAUUAAUUCGUCUGGAGCUGUUUCGUUGUGAGCUGGACCCGCCUCCUACUUUUAAAGGAUUUUUGUGUUUGAAGAGCCUUAAUCUUUACCAAGUUUUUGUUGCCUCUGAUGCAAUUGAAAGUCUUAUUUCAAGUUGCCCUCUUCUUGAGAGGCUAUCACUCUCUUACUCGGAUAGUUUAACUCUAAAUAUUUAUGCUCCAAAUCUCAAGUACCUGUGCCUUGAAGGUGAAUUCAAAGACAUAUGUCUUCAAAAUACUCCUCUUCUUAUUGAAAUGUCUGUUGCUAUGUAUAUGACCGAGGACAUUGCCGAACACAUGCAGCAAAGUUCAAGUUGCAAUUUUAUCAAGCUGCUUGGCAGUGUACCAUAUCUUGAAAGGCUCACUGGGCGUAUCUACUUCACAAAGUACUUAAGUAUAGAUGAUGAUCGAGGAAGACUUUCAGUUACAUAUAGCCAUUUGAAGAUUAUCGAAUUAUAUCAAGUAAGUUUUGAAGAUAUGAAAGAGAUACUUGUUGUUCUCCACUUGAUUACGAACUCUCCUAAUUUGAAGGAACUUCAAAUCUCGGGUUCCUCAAACACACUAGCUGCUAUGGAAGCAACUGAUUUGGAUUUUUGGGAUAAAGAAUGCCCUUCGCCUUGCUUAUUUGAGAGACUUAAAGUUGUGAAGAUGACAGAGAUGUCAGGGGUACCACAUGAAAUGGAAUUUAUCAAGUUUUUGCUUGAAAGGUCUCCAGUGCUCGAGGUAAUGAGUAUCAUGCCUUGUCCAUCUGUUAUGGACGGAAGAUUGAAUAUGUUGAUUGAGUUGGUGAGGUUUCGCCGGGCUUCUGCACGAGCAGAAAUUUUAUUCAUCCAAUGCUAAACAUUUUGCAUGUCAUGUAAAGUUUCUUUCAUUUUCUCAUCUGCCUGUUGUUUCAUAGCUUUUGCCAGAGUUUGAUUCCAACUGCAUUAUUUAAAACCUUAAUGUGAAAUAAUAGUGCAUAAAUGUUGCUGUUGAA